AUGAUUGAAGAACUGACCCGGUGGACUCCGAAAGUUACUGUGUCAGAAGGCGUCACACUCGAUGACUUGACUAUCACCUUCAGGCGCACAAUCCGCGUCCCUGACAACAAAAACACCAGCGGCCUCCCACCGGAUCAGGGCGCUUUUCCACUAUUCAAGAUCCAAGACUAUGCUAGAACGCUUCCCCUGUCAAUGGCGCAGAAAGGCGGCUUGUUCAUCCCCAUGUAUCAACGCGAGGCUUUAUGGAUCGACUUUGAGAGUACCAAGACCUACGCCAUCCGGAUCCACGUCGGAAACGUCAACAUCGUCUCUGGUGAGCCCAACGUUCCAAAUAAUGCGACCGAGCUUCGUCGGCGACAGCUCUUGAAGAAAGAGAAGAGUAUCCAGGACUACAUUGUUGUUCCUGAUCAGGAGUGGAUUGAUGGCGUAGCUACCGCGCCCGGCCAAGUCAAGCAAUUUGUGGCCAUGCCAAUUGGGACUGGUACUUCUAUCGAGUACCAGAUGAUGAACGGUGAAGAGACCUCCGCAGGUAUUCAGUUUGACAUCACGCGCCUCGACCCUCUCCUCUCUGGUCCCAAAGACAACAUCAACGUCAUGGUCAAAGAGCUCGGCGGCAAAAUAUCCAACUAUUUUCUCUCGCGUUUCAGUAGGGUCGAAACACUGAAGUCAUUCAUUAAAGCAAAGGUUGGCGUCGAUGUUGUGUGCCAAACCUUGGUCUGGGCAUCACAAAACCUCAAAAGUAGGGACUGUUCUCUUCAUAAAUUCAGGCUUCAGUCAGCUAACUAUCUCGAAGACAAGCUGAGACUGUGUGACUACAAUCUUAAGAACGGAGCACUUCUUCAUCUUUUUACCCGUCUUCGUGGUGGUAGCUCGAUGAUUGAAGAGCAAGAGAUGAACAUCGCCGCUGGCGGCCUCAUCCGUCAAAACAUCGUCGAGCAGCCCAAGGGCGAAUAUAAAAAGACAUCCCAAAUCACAAUCAAUGUGCAGAUCCUAAACAGUGUCAGCUUUAAGCGAGUCACGGGCCAGGAUCCCCCGGAGAGCCCUAUCUCAGCCGCUACGUACGCCAAAGCUGGUCACCCCUUCUUUUCGCUUGACGAGGGACCAACUACUAUCUUUGGAAAUUUCUCUGAUCUGAAAUCCAUGGCUCAGCUCAAAGGUCGACCUGAGCGUAAUGUCGGAGGCAUUCCCAUCAUUGAUGUUGAAACAAAAGAGAUCCUCCGCGCGUGGGUUUGCAAAGCCUGCAAGGCCAAGAACACUGCUGUAAUGCGCCUCUGUAAGUCAUGCAAGAUGCGUCGUUCUCCGUUGAAGAAGCGCAACAAAAUCGGGAUCCUGAAUCCUGAAGGACCCGAGACUCCUUUCCAGUUCUCUUGGGAGAUUGUCGAAGAACUCGAGAAGAAGCUCACUCUAUUUUGA